CAUUCUCUGGCUAAGCCCACCUAGUAGUGUACCUCCCACUCACCCACUUACAUACCUCGUACACUCACAAUACAAUACGAGAACAGAGCAAACUUCCCGUCUUACCUCUCUCACUCAGCAUUCUUAACCCUCCUACAUUCCUACAUUCCCCCAAUCUCCAAUUGGCGACGGCACAUGCCCUCCUGACAUCCAUUCACUCGCUUCAUUCUGAAAUAGCCUCGGCGCUAUUUUACAUACCUACAUACCUAACAGCCUCGACAAGAUGGCACACUCCCUCAAAGGCCCCACGCCGCAAGAGCACGACGGCAGCAGCCUGCGCAUCGGCAUCGUACACGCGCGCUGGAACAGCACCAUCAUCGAGCCCCUCCUCAAGGGCACCAAGGACAAGCUCCUAAGCCUCGGGGUCAAGGAGUCUAACAUUGUCACUCAAUCCGUUCCCGGGUCAUGGGAGUUGCCUAUUGCCGUUCAACGCAUGUACGCAGCCUCGCAAAUCCAACAAUCAAGCAGCGGUUCCGCCUCCGCCGGCGACCUCCUAGGCGGGUCAACCACAGACCUAUCCUCCCUCCCGACCACCGCGACCCAGCCCUUCGACGCCAUCAUCGCGAUCGGCGUCCUCAUCAAGGGUGAAACCAUGCACUUUGAAUACAUAUCCGACGCCGUAUCACAAGGCCUAAUGCGCGUCGGUCUCGACCUCGGUAUACCCGUAAUCUUCGGUGUCUUGACCGUACUUUCCGAUGACCAGGCCCGCGCUCGCGCUGGGUUGGCUCCGGGUUCCCAUAACCAUGGUGAAGACUGGGGUUCCGCGGCCGUGGAGCUGGGUGUUAAGCGAGGUGCUUGGAGUCAGGGGAAGCUGGAGUAGAACGUGGAGAGAGGGGAAUGAUACCGAAAGAGGAUCACAAAAAAAGAAAUAAAAAAAUGGCGCUCGACCGAUAGUCGGCGAAGUUUAUCCCUAGAUGAGCUUGGACAAUUGUCGCGCUGACGGCUAGGCUGACUACCUCGCCUAUUAUCUGAGUGUAACUACGCUCUUAGGCUAGAAUCAAAGAAAAGAAAAGAAAUCCGAAAAUAACAAUUAAGAUGUUGCGGUUGUCUUGACUGUUUUAUACCUCAUGUCCUUCUGCUAGCAAACAAACCGGUUAUUUACGUAUUACUCUAGAUCGUGACUCCAAAAUCGACUGCAUUACGUUCAA